GGGAUACAAGUAGGGAUAAAAUUUCGAAAAUGGUGUUAAAGUCUGCUUCAACAAACGAUAUAUCAGUCUACCAAAUUUCUGGUACCAACGUCUCAAAGUCGUUGCCGGAUUGGUUAGAGAGAAAAAGAAAGAGAUCAUUGAAAAAUGAUGUUGAUUACCAGAAUAGAGUGGAAUUGAUUCAGGAUUUCGAGUUUAGUGAGUCGUCAAACAAGAUAAAGGUGACUAGAGAUGGUCAAUAUGCAAUGGCAACCGGUACUUACAAGCCUCAGAUUCACGUCUACGACUUUUCCAACCUUUCUUUGAAAUUUGAGAGACACACAGAUACCGAGAAUGUGGACUUCCUCAUACUAUCUGACGAUUGGACAAAGUCCGUGCAUUUACAAAAUGACCGAUCUAUAGAAUUUCAGAAUAGAGGUGGAAGGGAUCACAAGUUGAGAAUUCCGAAAUUUGGUAGAUCCUUGGCUUAUGAUGACGUGUCGUGCGAUUUGUACGUCGGAGCUUCUGGUGACGAAAUUUACAGAUUAAAUCUGGAACAGGGAAGGUUUAUGAAACCAUUUCAAAUUGAGAAUGACCGUGGAGUUAACUCAGUGGACGUAAAUACUACACAUGGCUUGUUCAGUGCUGGUUUGGAGGACGGAACAGUGGAAUUCUGGGAUCCAAGAGCCAAACAGAGAAUCAUCAAGUUACAGAUAGCGGAGGCCAAAGAAAGUGGCAGUGAAAUAUCUUGCGUCAAAUUUGCUAACAAUAGCCUAAACUUUGCGUGCGGGACUUCAGAUGGCUUGACCAUGAUAUAUGACUUGAGAACCUCUCAUCCUUUGAUAACUAAAGAUCAAGGCUAUGGUUUUGGAAUUAAGAAAAUUAUCUGGCUCGAAGAAUCGGGCAAUGAAAACAUGAACUUGAUUCUGACUUCUGACAAAAAGAUCGCAAAAAUCUGGAAUAGAGAUAACGGCAAGCCAUAUGCUGCGAUGGAGCCUAGCGUGGAUAUUAACGACAUUGAACAUGUACAGGGCUCCGGUAUGUUCUUAAUGGCAAACGAGUCUAUUCCAAUGCACACAUACUACAUUCCUCAAUUGGGGCCAUCUCCAAGAUGGUGUUCUUUCUUGGACAAUAUCACCGAAGAGUUGGAAGAAAAACCUUCCGAUACUGUCUACUCGAACUACAAAUUCUUAACCAAGCAGGAUGUCGCCAAAUUAGGUAUAUCCCACUUAAUUGGUACAAAUGUUUUAAGGGCCUACAUGCAUGGUUACUUCAUUGAUAACGAAUUAUACGAUAAGGUAAAUUUGAUUGCCAAUCCAAACUCUGUUGCAGAAGAAAGAGAGAGAGAAAUCAGGAGAAGAAUUGAGAAAGAGAGAGAAUCUAGAAUCAGAAGCACAGGUGCUUUCACCAACACCAAAAUUAAAGUCAAUAAAGAGUAUGUUGGGCACUUACAGAGCAAGCUGGGUUCAGAGGCAGCAGAAGGUGUUGUCAAUGAUGACCGUUUUAAGGAGAUGUUCGAGGACCCAAGGUUCCAGAUUAAUGAAGAGAGCCAUGAUUAUAAGCAAUUGAACCCAGUAGCCUCGUCAUUGGCCGGGCCUAAGCCUUUAACAGCAGCAGAAGAAUCGGAUGAGGAACGUAUGGCCAUGAGAAACAAGAACGGAGCAAAUGAUUCGGAUUCAGGCUCAGACUCCGAUUCAGACUCUGAGACGGAAGAAAAAGAGAAAGAGUUAGCCAGACAAAAAUUAAAAGAGCAAUUGAAGCAAAAGCAAGAAAAGAAGAAGAGAGAACGCGCAGAAGCAGCUCAGUAUAUGUCCAAGAUGAAGUCCAUCAACAAGAAUGAUGAAUUAAGCCUUGAUGGCGAGAGAAACAAAGUUGUUUCCUUUGGCAAACAGGCAAAACUACAGGGCGAAAGCAGUAAAGUCAGAAAGGAGCAAAAGGCUAAUACAAGAAUCAGAAAGAAUGCAAUUGGAGAAGGUGAGAUCACUUUUAUACCAACCAAAAAGACUGCGAAAAUGGCAUUUGAAGACCAAGAAGAGAAUUCAGAAAGAAGAGGUAAAGCCAAACAAGUUGUGGAUGGCAGAAGAAGAGCAAGUAAAAAUGUUUUCAGAGGCAUGUAAUAACGCAUCUCUAUUUGAUGCAUUCAAUGUAAUUUUAAUCAUUUCCAAGUUUUUUUUAUAAAAUUUUGAUUUUUAUAGAUGAGCUUGAUAGCAGAUACGUACCGACGUUCAAAAGUAAAUCCGAUCAACUCGAAGUUAAAGAUUCGCCGUCCAAUU